AUGUCCACGGUCACCGGCGUCGAUCAGUGCACCGACACAAAGCUAACACGACCACCACCAUUGAGCAUCAUACCCGCGAGGAUGCGUGCGAGUACAUCACGGGCCAAGACUUACCUCUCCUACCCGAAGAACUUGCUCCGAUCCGCCCCGGGCCCUGACCAGUCCCACCCGAGCACGAACCCUAUAUCUGAACGUUCCCCAUUACGCGUGCGGCCAGCACCUCCGGUGCCCGCCCAGCCUCACGCAUCGUCGGUCCAAACCCAGGAGAACCCCACCCGGAUCCAGCAUAUCUUCAACCUCUCCGCCGUGACGCCGCCAUCGCAGCUCGGCAUCAGCCACAAGCCUGCAACGACAUCUACGAAACAGAGGGAACGUCAGCUACAACCGCCUCAGCGGCAGAGUGCCCAUCGCUGGACUGCAAGUUAUCGUCGUCUCACCAAGAGGGAAGCUCCCAGACAAGCAGCGGACACAUCGUCGAGAUGCGUGGCAGAGAGCACGUCCGUGACGCACGACUUCGUGGUGGUAAACUACUCGCAGAUCAGAGACCUCCGCUCGGACGAGGCCGUGCUCUCCGGUGACCUCACCGUCGGCGGCCACGAUUGGUCUAUCAGCUUCUACCCCGGCGGGCGGAUGCAUUGUGUGUACCCGGACUGCGCAGCGGUGUCUGUACAUCUCCACCACAUGUCCGUCACGACGUUUUCAGGAUUUGUGCGCAGAUCGAAGCUGACAUCGCGCCGGUACCUCGUCGACGACUGCCUGACGAUCAGGUGCGUCGUCACCAUCGUCAAAUCUCGAACGGAGGGCACGACGGCCGGCCCGGCAGCCUCCGCUCCGCUGCCGGACAUGCUCGGCCACCUCGAGCGCAUGCUCAAAGACGGCAAGGGCGCGGACGUGACCAUCGACGUCGGCGGCCAGGCGUUCCGCGCGCACCGGUGCGUGCUCGCCGCGCGGUCGCCGGUCUUCGACGCCGAGCUCUUCGGCCCCAUGAAGGGCAAGGACGCGCCGGGGCACGUCGAGGUACCCGACAUGGAGCCGGCCGUCUUCGAGCUGCUCCUGGACUUCAUCUACACGGACUCGCUGCCGGGCGAUGGCGAGGGCUGCGGCGUCGCCGUGACACAGCACCUGCUGGUCGCGGCGGACCGGUACGGGGUGGACAAGCUGAAGCAGGCGUGCGACAUGAAGCUGCGCACAAGCUUGGACGUGCGGACCGUGGCGACGACGUUGGCACUGGCGGAGCAGCACCAGUGCCCGCUGCUCAGGGAUGCAUGCUACAAAUUUAUAUCGUCGUCCUCGAAUGUGCUGGCAGACGUCUUGAAGACCGACGGGUUCAGACAUCUCACGGUCAACAUCACCCAAGAAAAUCUGACAGAGAUUCUAGAGAAGGCCUCACUCGCGCAUUGA